AUGAUAAUAAUGACUAUACUGUCUUUAUUACUUUCUAAUGCCGUUACUUUAAGACGAGAUAUUUCCAUACUUUUUAAUAGAAUUGUGAUUAUAGCAUUAAUUUAUUGUAUUUUGCAUGAUACAAUGAGUUUAUCUAUUAUAAGUAAAGGGGUAGGUUUACAUGGAGGUUUACUUCAUAUAACCAAUAUAACACAAGUAUUCCAAAUAUUUAUUUUUUUGAUUAGUAUAUUAAUAUUACAAUUAACAAGUUUCGAUCCCAUAAAAAAAUUUUAUAUUAUGAGACAUCCUAGGUUUAUUAAUAAGUGGCCUAGAGCUAUAGGAUAUUCAAUACCAUUAUCUUCAAUACAAGCAGUGUUGAAGGAUUACCUUUUUAAAAUUCAAGGGUUUAACAAAGAACAUCUUAAAAUAAUAGAAUACCCUUUAAUUUUAUUAUUUGUUAUUUGCGGAGCAGUAUUUUUAAUGUCAACAAAUGAUUUAGUUUCUAUUUUUCUUUCUAUAGAGUUACAAAGCUACGGAUUAUAUAUAUUAAGUACUAUUUAUAGAAAUUCCGAAUUAUCUACCACAGGUGGUUUAAUUUAUUUUUUAUUAGGUGGCUUUAGCUCCUGCUUUAUUUUAUUAGGUGCAAGUUUACUAUAUGCAAAUUCAGGUACUACAAGUUUGGAUGGUUUAUAUAUAAUUAAUAGUAUUAGUGACGUAAAUGAUAACAUGACUUCAUGAUACAAAUCAUAUUAUUUAAAUUUUUCUUUACUCAUAUUUAGUGUAGGAUUCUUAUUUAAAGUUUCAGCAGCACCUUUCCAUUUUUGAUCUCCUGACGUCUAUGACGCUAUCCCUACAAUAGUAACAACAUUUGUGGCAAUUAUAGCCAAAAUUUCUAUUUUUAUCCUUUUGCUAGAAUUAGUUUAUCAUACAAAUAAUUAUCUAUCAGAAUUUAGCUGAAUCUAUGGACUACUAGUCAGUUCUUUUCUUUCCUUAAUAAUAGGAACUGUUGUAGGUUUAACACAGUUUAGAAUUAAAAGAUUGCUUGCAUAUAGUACAAUCUCUCAUCUAGGUUUUAUUUUAUUAGCUUUAAGUGUUUCCACACAAAGUGUGGAGUCCACACAAGCAUUUAUAUUUUAUUUAAUACAAUAUUCUUUUAGUAAUUUAAAUGUGUUUAUUAUAUUAAUUACUAUAGGAUUCUCUUUAUAUGGUUAUGUUUGAAAUAAUAAAGAGUAUAAAAAUCUACUAGAUAUAAAUAAUUCACCUGUACAAUUAAUUAGUCAAUUGAAAGGGUAUUUCUAUCUAAACCCUUUAUUGUCUUUAAGUUUAGCUAUUACUAUCUUUUCUUUUGCGGGUAUUCCGCCUCUUGUAGGGUUUUUUGCCAAACAGAUGGUAUUGAGUGCUGCUUUAGAUAAUGGCUAUAUUUUCUUAUCCCUAAUAGCAAUACUUACUAGUGUAGUUGGAGCAGUUUAUUAUUUGAAUAUAAUUAAAGAGAUUUUUUUCUAUUCUCCUGGACAUAAAUUAAAAACAGUAGACGUAGAAAAUACCUGACCUUUUCCUGUUAAAAGAGAUCUAAAGCUCAAUGAUUCAAAUGCAUUUUCAAUAUCUUAUGAUAGAUAUACUGUAUCUAGUCCUUUAUCUUCUGGAUAUACUAUAUCUAGUCCUUUCUCUAUUACUAUUUCUAUUAUUACAAUAGUAAUAUUAUUAUUUAUAUUUAUGAAUAAAGAAUGAUUAAGUAUGGGUACCAUAAUGGUACAAGUUUUAUUUAGUACUUAA